AUCACAGUUACCCACAUCCAUUAUGACUCCACAAACAUGCGGUAAUGGUGCCUGCUCUCAGGUCCCCCUGUGUCAAGAGGCGCAUAAGGUAUGUGCACGGUGGAAGAACAGCCACAAGAUUCCUUGUGACUGCUGUGCACUCAGGACACUUCCGGGCGCUCCUACACCCCUGAGGCUUGUUCCCAUCAUGAGGCUCCUCUUCCUCCUCCUCCUGCUUCUGGUGAGCCUUGUCCAGACAGCGUCAGCGUAUAGAAGAAAUGACAUCUUCCUGGAAUGUGGAAGAAUGGGUGGAGCCUGCAAGCACCAAAAAACUCACGGGUGCUCCAUCCUGCCUGCAGAAUGUAAAAGCCGCCACAAGCACUGCUGCAGACUGUAGCUGCAGCACCAGGACCGUGAGGGCGAGGGCAGUAAGAAACCCAGCUUCUCUGACUCCUGCUUAGUAAAGGCACCGCUGUAACCUGUA